UUGUACUCACAGUCAGUCCCGCCAUCAUCCAUGCUGCCCCAAGAGCCUUAACAACUUCAAAACAGAUUCCAGACAGGAGGAGCUGAAAGGAUCUUCUCUCACCCCUACUUCUGGCGGGGGCCUUUUACAGCACCUGCCAAGAUCAGCAGACCUACACUCGGAAGCGCAGGUUCAGACGCCAGAAGUACUACCAAGCUGCCUUUUUAGUCUUCCUUAAGAAAAAAAGAAAGAUGGCCAAGGAGAAGGGCCUAAUCAGCCCCAAUGAUUUUGCCCAGCUGCAGAAGUACAUGGAAUACUCCACCAACAAGGUCAGCGAUGUCCUAAAGCUCUUUGAGGAUGGUGACAUGGCUGAAUAUCUCCAAGGAGAUGCCAUUGGGUACGAGGGAUUCCAGCAAUUUUUGAAAAUCUAUCUGGAAGCAGAUAACGUUCCCAAUCACCUAAGCCUGGCACUGUUUCAGUCCUUCAAGAUGGGUCACUUAGAAGACACUGUGAAAAAUGAUGUGGUGUAUCUCAGUGAUGUCUCCUGCUACUUUUCCCUUCUGGAGGGUGGCCGACCAGAAGACAAGCUAGAAUUCACCUUCAAGCUGUACGACACGGACAGAAAUGGGAUCCUGGACAGCUCAGAAGUGGACAGAAUCAUCAUACAGAUGAUGCGAGUGGCUGAAUACCUGGAUUGGGAUGUGUCUGAGCUGAGGCCGAUUCUUCAGGAGAUGAUGAAAGAGAUCGACUAUGAUGGCAGCGGCUCUGUCUCCCUGGCCGAGUGGCUCCGGGCAGGGGCCACCACUGUGCCAUUGUUAGUGCUGCUGGGGCUGGAGAUGACGCUGAAGGACAAUGGACAGCACCUGUGGAGACCUAAGAGGUUCCCCCGACCAGUCUACUGCAACCUGUGCGAGUCAAGCAUUGGUCUUGGCAAACAGGGGCUGAGCUGUAACCUCUGUAAGUACGUCGUUCAUGACCAGUGUGCCAUGAAGGCCUUGCCUUGUGAAGUCAGCACCUAUGCCAAGUCUCGGAAGGACAUUGGUGUCCAGUCACACGUAUGGGUGAGAGGAGGCUGUGAGUCUGGCAGAUGUGACCGCUGUCAGAAGAAGAUCCGUAUUUACCACAGUCUGGUUGGACUGCAUUGUGUGUGGUGCCACCUAGAGAUUCAUGAUGACUGCCUGCAAGCCAUGGGUCAUGAGUGUGACUGUGGUCUGCUCCGGGAUCACAUCCUGCCUCCAUCUUCCAUCUAUCCCAGUGUCCUGGCCUCUGGACAGGAGCGUAAAACUAGCAAAACAAGCCAGAAGACCAUGGAUGACUUACAUUUGAGCACCUUUGAGGCUCUGCGGAUUGACCCUGUUUCUAACACCCACCCACUUCUGGUCUUUGUCAACCCUAAGAGCGGCGGGAAGCAGGGGGAGAGGGUGCUUUGGAAAUUCCAGUAUCUACUCAAUCCUCGACAGGUAUUCAAUCUCCUAAAGGACGGUCCUGAGCCAGGGCUCAGAUUCUUCAGGGAUGUCCCUGGUUGCCGGAUUUUGGUGUGUGGUGGAGAUGGCACAGUAGGCUGGAUUCUAGAGACCAUAGACAAAGCCAACAUGCCUGUUGUGCCUCCCGUUGCUGUGUUGCCCCUGGGCACUGGAAAUGAUCUGGCUCGUUGCCUAAGAUGGGGAGGAGGAUAUGAGGGACAGAAUUUGGGGAAGAUCCUCAAGGAUUUAGAGAUGAGUAAGGUGGUACAUAUGGAUCGAUGGUCCGUGGAGGUGAUACCUCAACAAACUGAAGAAAAGAGUGACCCAGUCCCCUUUCAAAUCAUCAAUAACUACUUCUCCAUUGGUGUGGAUGCCUCUAUUGCUCACCGAUUCCACAUCAUGCGAGAGAAAUAUCCUGAGAAGUUCAACAGCAGAAUGAAGAACAAGCUAUGGUACUUUGAAUUUGCCACUUCUGAAUCCAUCUUCUCAACAUGCAAAAAGCUGGAAGAGUCUUUGACAGUCGAGAUCUGUGGGAAACCACUGGAUCUGAGCAGCCUGUCACUAGAAGGCAUCGCUGUGCUGAACAUCCCUAGCAUGCAUGGUGGUUCCAACCUCUGGGGUGACACCAAGAGACCUCCUGGAGACACCCAUGGGAUCAACCAGGCCUUAGGCACUACAGCUAAAGUCAUCACUGACCCAGAUAUCCUGAAAACCUGUGUACCAGACCUAAGCGACAAGCGGCUGGAAGUAGUAGGGCUGGAGGGUGCAAUUGAGAUGGGCCAGAUUUAUACCAAGCUCAAGAAUGCUGGACAUCGGCUGGCCAAGUGCUCUGAAAUCACCUUCCACACCACAAAAACCCUCCCCAUGCAAAUCGAUGGAGAACCCUGGAUGCAGACACCCUGUACGAUCAAGAUCACCCACAAGAACCAGAUGCCCAUGCUUGUGGGCCCACCCCCUCGCUCCUCCAAUUUCUUUGGCUUCUUAUGCUGAGGGGGACACCUCAGCCUCCAAGCCAGCCUUGAACCCACCUCUUCGUUCCUGGACUCUACUCCUAGGCUCUGUACAUUGCUGCCACGCCCUCCUGCCAGCUCAGGGGAGUGUUCCUCCACCCUCACGGUAUUUAUUAUCCUUGCACCACCUCUACUAUUCCCCACGCACACGUACACGCAUGCGUGUGUGCGUGUACACACACACCCACACCCCCACACACACAUUGAAAGUGCCUCAUCUGAAUAAAAUGACUUUUUUCCCCACACUGGGAUAUCUGUUAA